AUCCCUCAGUCCUUAUUAAACGCUGUACGUAACGAGAUAAAAUGAUUCGACCGAUUCUGUUGUGCCUGAGCUUGUUUGUUGUGUUUUCCAGCAUAGAGGCACGAAAGCCAGUGUUUUGCUACUACGCCUCAUGGGCAACGUACCGCCCAGGAAGGGGACGAUUCGAUGUGGACCACAUCGAUCCAUUCCUUUGCACCCAUCUGCUGUACGCGUUCUUUGGAGUGGAUGAAUCCGGCGCAGUAACGGUGCUAGACCCAUGGCUCGAUCUGGAGGUGAACGGUGGUCGGGCAAACAUUCGUCGCUUUAAUGAGCUUCGGCAGCAGAAUCCUCAGCUCCGGACACUGGCCGCCAUCGGUGGAGCGACCGUUCAUCCUACGCUCUUUUCGCAGAUUGCAGCGAGUGCCAGUACGCGUGGUGCCUUUGCACAAAAUGCUCGAGAUUUUUGUCUCACACAUGGAUUCGACGGUGUGGACGUUGGUUGGGAGUUUCCAGCUAUGCACGAUGGCGACACCACCAAUGAUAAGGCGAACUUUGUACUGCUCUUAUCGGAACUGGCUGUAGAGCUUCGGUCUCGUGGUUUGCUUCUGACCGGUGCGCUUGCUGCAAGUCAAACAAUUGCAUCCAUUUCUUACGAUAUUCCCGGUAUUGUCCCACAUUUGGAUUUCAUCAAUCUCAUGGCCUACGACUACAACGGAGCGUGGAACAAUUUUACUGGCCACAAUGCACCGCUCUUCGCUGGACCCUCGGAUCAGAACGAUUUUCAGCGAAUGCUGAACGUGGAUCACAGCAUCAACUAUUGGCUAGGCCAGGGAGCUCCACUUUCCAAACUAGUGCUAGGUGUUCCAGCGUACGGACGGUCCUUCACACUGUCGAAUGCGGCUUCCAAUGGAUUGCGGGCACCAUCGGAUGGCCCUGGGCUACCGGGCCCGUACACACUUCAGUCCGGUUACAUGGCGUAUCAUGAGGCAUGUGCCCAUUUUCUUCCUGGAUCCGGCUGGCAUCGUGUGUGGGAACCAGUACAACGCAUCCCUUAUGGGUUUCUGGACAGCCAAUGGAUAGGAUACGACGAUAGAGACAGCAUAUUGGAAAAGUGCAACUAUGUGAAUAAUCGUAAUCUUGCCGGUAUGAUGAUGUGGUCCAUCGAUAUGGAUGAUUUUCGCGGGUACUGCGGUAGUCAGUUUAAUUUGCUUAGAGCUAUCAAUGAUUGUUUAACAUAAAUGUGGCAUAUUUUAAAAAAAUAAAUAAAUACAGAUAAAUAACUUGA